CGGCGCUUGAGUAAGGGAGGAAAGCAGUGGAAGGAGGGGUGGGGUUAACUGCAGGGAGGGGGAGAUUCGAACUUUGGUUGUGCGUGGAGGAGCCAACCUUCCUUCCUUUAGUUAACUCUUUCCUCUCCGAGGAGGAGGAGAAGAAGAAGAACCAUUUUUAACUCGUUCGGGACUGGAGAGUUUUUUCAUAGCUGAAGCUUGGGACGGAAAUAUUUUUCAAGCGAUUUUUGGGAUUGUUGAGAAAAACGAAGAACUAUUACACACUUAGACUCUUGACGUUGACACUGCCUUGAACUUUUUCGUGCCUGAACUGUUAACCUUUGACGGUGUGGAUUUGGACAUUUAACAUUUUCAUCAUCUACGCUGGAGGGAGAACCUGCUGCUUAACUCUUCAGUGGCCUUUUGUCUCCCGUAUCUUCAUCUUUUAAAAAAUAUAAUUAUUGUUGCGUUACAAGGUGCUUCAAGGACAUACCGGCUCUGUUGCGGCGGCUCGUUCUUUAGCUGGAACUCUUUUUGCUUCUAUAAUCUUUUUUGCAAUUGGAGAUGUGCAUCUUUUCUACAGUGUGACAAACAGGAGAAGCAGAGACUGGAGGGGGAAAAAACCGGAUACUUCCACACUUCCCAGAAGGUAACGAACAUUUAAAGACUGACCGAGACAGCUAACCGGUCUUUUUCCCCCCACCCCCCCUGCAAAGCUUAAUGUUUUAACACUUUAGAAAUUUAAAAAAGAGCGAGAAAAAGGCUUCCAGAUUAAUACUCCUGAUAACUAUUCUGCGAUUAAGCAGUAAGAGUUCUGUAAAGGCUUGCAAGUUGGGCUGAAGUGUUAAAAAAAGUAUUUGAUUUCUCAGAAGGUGUGAAGCUGGCAGCUCCGGCACCAUCCCAAGACACUGUCGGCUAAUUAAAUUCUCCCUCUUUCAAGAGAAGAGGGAGUCAACACCUCGGACUUACUAGCCCACAAUCUCCUUCCGACUGAGGAAAUUGCUAAAAGCACCAACUAUGGCUGAUGCUGCCUUCUCUGCCAACCUGAGGCAACAGCCUAAUGGCAAAACACCUUUCCCCCCCUGCAGGGGUGCAGGUGGAGGAGACUCUGGCGGAGGGGGACCUUUUGUUGGCUCUCCACCCACUAACCAGGAACUGCUCCAAGGAAGAGAGGUUGCCGAUAGGUGGCAACCGAGAGAGAUGGUUAAGCAGGAGGAUGGCAGGCCAGUCGGUGCUGAUGUUGCCUUCUCUGGUACAGAUCUCACAGUUCCUGUGGUUGGAGGAAGCCAAACUCUGGUUGCCCCAGGGAUUAAUCAGAUUGAGGGCCAGACAUUUGGUGCAGCUGCAGACACCCAAGAUGCAGGAGAUGGAGAGCAGCCAGACCUUCAGGAGCAGGGAUACUGUGGGACUGUUGACCAGAGUUGCAGAUCCCAGUCUGGUGAAGAAGAGGAAAAACAGUUGGGCAAAAAGAAACAUAGGAGGCGCCCUUCAAAGAAGAAGAAACAUUGGAAGCCUUAUUACAAACUCAGCUGGGAAGAGAAGAAGAAGUUUGACGAGAAGCAGAGUCAACGAGCUUCCAGGAUGCGGGCAGAGAUGUUUGCUAAAGGACAGCCUGUUGCACCAUACAACACCACACAGUUUUUGAUGGAGGACCAUGAUCAAGAAGAACCAGAUUUGAAGACCAGCCUUUACCCCAAAAGAUCUGCCACCAAAUCAGAUGAAACCAGUGAGGAAGAUUUUGUGGAAGAGGAGGAUGGGGGUAGUGAUGGGAUGGGAGGGGAUGGUACUGAAUUCCUUCAGAAAGAUUUUUCAGAGACAUAUGAGAAAUAUCAUGUAGAGAGUCUACAGAAUAUGAGCAAACAGGAAUUGAUCAAGGAAUACUUGGAGUUGGAGAAGUGUCUUUCCAAGAUGGAGGAAGAGAACAACCGCCUACAGAUGGAGAACAAGAAAUUUGCAGGGGACUCAACAGAGGAUCCUAGGGUAAGUGAGUUAGUACAGGAACUGGACAGGUUGAGAGCUGAGAACCAGAAACUCUUGAAAGAAAAGGAACAUGGCAGAGAACAAGAGAACAAUUUCUCUAAACUGGGAGAAUGAAACUGAACAUUCUGAGGACAUAAGUGGAAUUGGACAGAAACCAUCCCAAGAUGCUGUAUUCAUAUUGUGGGAGUGUAUGUGUCUGUGCACACACACACACACAUACACACACACACAAAGAGGACUUUAUGUGAUUCAAUCAGAAUAAAUUCACAAUCUUACACUGUUUUUAAAGAUAGUUCUAAUAUAGCGUGUGCUCUUUUUUAAUUAUGUGUAAUCAAUGGGUUUGGGAUUUGUUUUUUAAAAUAA